UGUCACCUGAUUCACUAUCUGAGACUCAGCCAUCACUUGAUAGUGCUGAAUUAUUUGAUUUACACCUUUGACAAGCUAAAGUCUGUCACCUCUGAAGACAUCAACAUCACGGAUGCUGUUUUUGAUGGUGUCGAAGUCAGAGUGUUCGAACCUCCUGCGAAGCGAGAUGAAAGGCUCAAGCGCAGCGUUGUUUACAUCCAUGGAGGGGGCUGGGCCUUGGCAAGUGCAAGAACAAGCCUUUAUAACAACCUCUGCAGAAUCAUGGCUGAAUCUCUCAACGCUGUAGUUGUCUCAGUUGAAUACAGGCUGGUACCAGAGGUGUGCUUCCCCGAGCAAUUCUAUGAUGCUCUUCGUGCCACAAAGCAUUUUUUGCAGCCUGAUGUCUUAGCUGAGUAUUCAGUUGACCCAAGUCGAAUUGCAAUUUCUGGCGACAGUGCGGGAGGAAAUCUGGCAGCUGCUGUGUGUCAGCAGCUUAGCAAAGAUGAGCAAUUGACCAUCAGACCGAAACUGCAGGCUUUGAUUUACCCAGUCCUUCAGGCGUUUGACUUCAAUACACCUUCUUAUCAGCAGAACAUGAAUAUGCCCGUUCUUCCUCGUUAUGUCAUGAUCAACUACUGGAUAGAUUAUUUCAAUGGUAAUUAUGACUUGGCUCACUCACUGCUGAUUAACAACCACACUGCUCUUGACGUUGGCCAAGCUCUGUCUUUCCGAGGACGUCUGAACUGGACAUCUCUGCUGCCAUCGUCGUUCAAAAAGAACUACAAGCCUGUCGUACAAACCACAGGCAAGGCUGAAAUCAUCCAGGAGAUACCAGGGCUGCUCGAUGUACGAGCAGUCCCGCUCCUCGCAGAAAACGAAACGCUGCAGCUGCAGCCCAAGACUUACAUCCUGACCUGCGAGAAUGACGUCCUGCGGGAUGACGGGGUGAUGUACGCCAAGCGCCUGGAGAACGCCGGCGUGGAGGUCACGCUCGAUCACUUCGAUGACUGCUUUCACGGCUGCAUGAUAUUCACCAUUUGGCCGACCGAUUUCUCGGCAGGCGUUCAGACCAGGAACAGCUAUAUCAAAUGGCUGGAUGAAAACCUCUGA